CUUGUAAACCAAAAAUGUCCAGCAGCAGCAGCAGUGAGAUGCCAGUCGACAACGCCAACGCAAUCCCAGCCGACAGCGAUGCAGCUGUUUCGGAUGCUCCAGUGACUGCAGCGAGCAUCACUGCUCCCGAUGCCAAUGCACAAGCCAAAGCUGCUGACUUGGCAGGGUCGUCGAGCAGUAGCAGCGCGACAUCAUCAUCACCGUCGCAGCACGCACCUGCACGACCACCGCCGCCAUACACUCAGCACGCCCAGCACCAACCGAGCGCUGCUGCAACGACACAGACAGGGCAGCAGCAGCAGCAGCAGCAGCAGCGGGGCGGCGCGGAUCCAGCAUCCUCGAGCCUGCCUGUGCAACAUCAUCAGUCGGCCGCCGCGAGAGGCACGCUCAUGGACUGGGGCUACGAGACGUAUGCGUUCACUCGCCAGUUCCUCACAGAGAAGCUGGGCGGAGGGUCGUACACGGUCGACAUUGAGCUGCAGCGCAAGAUCGACACCAUGCGCGACAACCACACUCAGUGCAAGCGACUCCUCCAGCUGGCUGAGAGCUACGUCAACAACUUUACCACCUUGGUAGGCACCCAGCACCAGCUGGGAUCGCUUUUCGCAGAGGCCGCCAUCAAGACACCCGCGCUCGCGACAGAGUUUUCAUUCAAUCAUGCGACGCAGGUUGCGCUGCAAAAGAACGGCCGCGUUCUGCUGGCUGCGUUGAGGUUUUUCGCCUCGAAUCUGCACACGCUGUGCAACAAGACCAUGGAGGACACGUUCGACACGCUCAAGGAGUUUGAGAACGCGCGUAUCAACUACGAUGCCUUUCGCAUCGAUCUGGAGCGAAUGCAGGCGUCUGGCAAGGGCCUCACAAAGUCCGCCCAGGACGCGCGCGAGCGGUUUGACGCUGCCAAAGGCAAGUUUGACGCUGUGCGCAUCCAACUGAACAUCAAGAUGCGCCUCUUGGAUGAAAACCGCGUCAAGGUUCUGCAAAAGCAGCUGUUGCUCUUCCACAACGCCAUCUCGGCGUACUUUUCAGGCAAUCAGGAGGCGCUUGCCUCCACAAUGCACCAGUUCCUUGUGCCUGCCCCAGAGCCAUCAGCGUUCUUGGCGGGCGAAAAUCCGCUUCACAAUUUGCCACAGCUUCCAGUUCUCGACAACCAGCCGCCAAUCACGCUGCCAUCAACUUCGAGCAGCCAGCCCACAAGCGCGGGUGAUGAUGCCUCCGGUAAUUCUACAGCAUCGGCAGUACCGUAGAUAGUCUUGCUGCGUGAAGGCUGCUUUGAUUGAGUGUUGGAUUUCUACUUUUGGGUCGCUUCUUUGUCUCUUCUUUUUCUCGUUUUUGUAUUUGCCAUUAUUCGAUAGUGCGUUUUAUUUGCUUGUGUGUGUUCAGGUGAUUGUUGGCUUGUUGUUCUAAAAGUGC